AUGGCAGGCGUCGCCGAAAAGGCGAGGUUCUACCUCGAGCGGUCAGUUCCGCAGCUGCGCGAAUGGGAAGACAAGGGAGUUUUCUCCAAGGAGGAGAUUCGCAACAUUGUCCAGAAGCGCAACGACUACGAGCACAGGGUCCUAUCGCCUGGCAACAUGCCCACCGAAUGGUCCUCGUACGCCAAGUGGGAGCAGUCUCUCGAGGCGCUCAAGUCGAAGCGCUGCAAGCGGCUCAAGAUUCGACACCUCAACUCGGCACACGCCGGGCAGGGCCGCGUCCUGGCCAUCUACGAGCGAGCCGUCAACAGGCACCCCCAGAGCGGCGAGCUGUGGCGCGAAUACCUGGCCUACACUGCCAACGUCAAGGCGACGAAGCGGUGGCGGAAGACCAUGACGAACGCCCUGCGCAUGAACCCGACCGACCCCGAGCUGUGGGUCAUGGCCGGCCGGCGCGCCGCCCGCAACGGAGACAUGGCCUCGUCGCGUGGCUUUUUCAUGCGUGGCUGCCGCUUCUGCAACAAGGAGUGCGGACUGUGGGUUGAAUACGCCAGGUCCGAGAUGGAGUGGCUGGCCAAGGUCGACAAGCGCAAGGCCAAGCCCGGGAAGGCCGCCAAAGAUCCGCUGCGGCCGGAUCGGGUCGACGCCGACGACGAGCUACGGAUUGAAGACAGCGACGAGGGCGAGGACGAAGACAACGAGUUGCCCGUGCCGUCUCGGGCGCAGGCCAAGGCCAUCGACGAGCAAGAGUCGGAGCAGCUCAAGUCAAAUCCGGCAAUGGACGGAGCGAUACCAAUCGCCAUUUUCGACAUAUCGCGUAAGCAGGCCUUCUUCAAGCCAGAGGUCGCCGAGGUGUUUUACGUCAUGCUUGGUGGCUUCCGCGACGUUUCGGUGCAGCCCAAGGUGGCUCAGCACGUGUUGAACGUGAUGGAGGAGCAGUUCCCCGACGACCCUGCCACUUGCAGCUGCUAUAUCAGGCAGCCCAUCCUCGGCCUGAGCCCGCACACCGCAGACUUCCCUUCGAACCUGCGGACAGUCCUGGGCCGGUUGACAGAGAAGCUCGAGUCUACCACUGAUCGGACGAGGCUCGCACAAAAGACGGCUGCGUGGAUAGAUGAGUACUUGGCGCUAGAGGAUCUCGACGACGGCAUAAGGGCGGUCCUGGAACUCACGAAGAACAAGGUGGUUUAA